ACCAAAACCCUCAGAACUCUUGCUUCUCUCCUCCUCCUCAGUCCCCUAGGCAAACUCAGUUCAUUCUCUUCGCAAACCUUAGGAAUACACCUCAAGCAGCCGAAAAUGUCGCUGAGAGUGCUUAAUCCAAACGCGGAGGUGCUGAACAAAUCGGCGGCACUGCACAUGAACAUCAAUGCCGCCAAAGGCUUGCAGGACGUCCUCAAGACCAACCUCGGCCCCAAGGGCACCAUCAAGAUGCUUGUUGGUGGGGCAGGCGACAUCAAGCUCACUAAAGACGGCAACACUCUCUUGAAGGAAAUGCAAAUUCAAAGCCCUACAGCAAUUAUGAUUGCUAGAACAGCUGUUGCCCAAGAUGAUAUCAGUGGAGAUGGCACAACUUCUACUGUGCUUUUUAUUGGCGAGCUUAUGAAACAAUCAGAACGUUACAUUGAUGAAGGAAUGCAUCCCCGUGUAUUGGUUGACGGUUUUGAGAUUGCUAAAAGAGCAACCCUUCAAUUUCUUGAGAAAUUCAAGAAUUCAGUUGUUAUGGGCAAUGAGCCUGACAAGGAGAUUCUGAAAAUGGUAGCAAGGACAACACUCAGAACUAAGUUGUAUGAAGCACUUGCAGAUCAAUUGACUGAUAUAGUUGUCAAUGCGGUGCUUUGCAUUCGCAAGCCUGAGGAAGCCAUCGAUCUGUUUAUGGUGGAGAUCAUGCACAUGCGUCAUAAAUUUGACGUUGACACACGCUUGGUUGAGGGUCUUGUCCUUGAUCAUGGCUCCAGACAUCCUGAUAUGAAGCGACGAGCUGAGAAUUGUUACAUUUUGACAUCCAAUGUCUCUUUGGAGUAUGAUAAAAGUGAAAUAAAUGCAGGCUUUUUCUACUCAAAUGCAGAGCAGAGAGAGAAAAUGGUUGCAGCCGAAAGGCAUCAGGUUGAUGAAAGAGUUCAAAAAAUCAUUGACCUGAAAAAUAAGGUUUGUGCUGGUAAUGACUAUAACUUUGUUGUCAUUAAUCAAAAGGGAAUUGAUCCCCCAUCACUUGACCUUCUUGCAAGAGCAGGGAUAGUUGCACUCCGAAGAGCAAAGAGGAGAAAUAUGGAACGGUUGGUUUUGGCCUGUGGAGGUGAGGCUGUAAAUUCUGUAGAUGAUUUGACUCCUGACUGCCUUGGUUGGGCUGGACUGGUCUAUGAACAUAUCCUUGGGGAGGAGAAGUAUACCUUCGUUGAGAAUGUGAAGAACCCUCUUUCUUGUACGAUUUUAAUAAAAGGGCCUAACGACCAUACUAUUGCCCAAAUAAAGGAUGCUGUUCGUGAUGGCUUGAGGGCAGUGAAAAAUACUAUUGAAGACGAAGCUGUUGUCUUAGGUGCCGGAGCUUUUGAAGUCGCAGCCAGCCAAUACCUUGUAAAUGAAGUAAAGAAGACUGUUCAAGGGCGUGCUCAACUUGGUGUUCAAGCUUUUGCCGAUGCUCUUCUUGUGGUUCCCAAGACACUUGCUGAGAACUCUGGGCUUGACACUCAAGAUGUGAUCAUUGCUCUUACGGGAGAGCACGAACAUGGAAAUAUCGUGGGAUUAAACCAGCACACGGGAGAACCUAUCGACCCCAACAUGGAGGGUAUUUUUGAUAACUACUCUGUGAAGCGCCAGAUCAUAAACUCAGGGCCUGUAAUCGCAUCCCAGUUGCUGCUGGUGGAUGAAGUAAUUCGUGCUGGACGUAAUAUGCGAAAGCCAAACUAGCUCGUGAUAUGCUUUGAGAAUUUUGGAAUUUGCCUGAUGUUAAGGGAGGCUUUAUUUUUUUUUUUUUUUGAGGAUCUUUAUUAGCGAGUCUCAGUUUACAUCUGAUGUGGGAUUUUUUUAUUCGAGUGUGUACUUCGUGCCAUGAUUAUAAUUUCGGAAAGUUUAGCUGUUGUAACGGGUGCCUGUCACGACUAAUGUAUUACGGGCACUUCUAUCAUUUAUGACUUUUCAUUGUCUAGAAUGGCACCACUUUCUUUUGAGCUCUCGAUGCUUUAUAUCGGUAUA